CUAUGGUUGGAAGAGGUUCGCCAAAACUCAGUAUGAUUCCAAAGGGAACUCCUAAGUUUGGUAGGAUGCUAUCUGCGACAAGUACUAGGAUGAAGAGAGUCUCUCCAAAAGGCAACCAAGUUAAACAGAGAGCAAUUUGGAACGUGGAGUUGGAGAAGUCACUUGUUGAAAUCCUUUUCGAGCACAAAGACUAUAGAGGAGAUAAUGGCUGGAACACUGAAUCAUGGAAUAGAAUGGUGAAGGAAUUCCACGCACGGAACAAGUGUGUAUCAUUCACCAAAAGUCAAGUUCAAGAGAAGGAGGGUCAACUGAAAAGAGAUUACAAGAUGUUGAAAGCGGCUAGGCAACAAAGUGGGUCUUCUUGGAACGAGAAGAGAUGCAUGGUCGAGGGAUCGCCGGCUAUGUGGGAAAACUUGCAAAUGACAUUCCCAAAGAUCAAAAAGUUCCGCAACAACAAGGCCAACUUUCCCUUGUAUGAUGCACUUGGUGAGCUAUAUGAUGGCCAACUUGCUGAGGGAAAACACAACUGCACCUCCCUUGAUUCAAUGGAAGAUGAGAAACCCCUGAGGCCAGUACAAGAAUUGGACGAUGAUAGUCAACAGCAAGAUGAUCUUGUGCUGCUCGAAGACCAAAGAAACUCAAGAGAGGAAGAAAGUGAUGUUGUGCUGCUUGAAGACCAAAGAAACCCGAGAGAGAAAGAAACUGAUGUGCUGUUUGAAGACCAAAGAAACACGAGAGAGAAGGAAACUCAAGCUGAGGAUUCAAGAAUUAUGACUGAAGAGCAAAAAAGACGGGGUUUAAUAGCAAAGAGGAGACAAGAAAAAAGAAGAUAAGAAGACUAGUAAGAAUUCAAGAGUGGAGAACAUGAUGGAUCGAUACCUUGAGAUGAGGACUAAGCAACACGAGGAAGAAGCUGUCAAGAAGUGUGUAUCUAUGUUGAGCUCAAUGGAUGUUACCAAACAAGAGAAGGCAAAGGCUUUUGCUGUUUUUAAGACCCUAGCAAAUAGAGAAAUCUUUUUGUGUGCCUGCGAAGAUGACUUAGAGUCUGCUUUAAUGUGGCUGAGAAAUGAAAUGGCCUAGCAUCACCAAAGUUUGGAUAAAGCAUGCGGAGAAGGGAAAGAACCCAUGGAGUUGCACACAAUGGAGGAGCUAUCUCAACAUUCGAAUCUGAAUAUUAUGGUCGUUGAUCAUGUCAGUUUGGCACUUGUGACAAACUGUUGAUUUGCUGUUAAGGGUCUUCUAUGUCCAGCCCUUUUGGAACUUGAAAGAGUGUUGUCUGUCCUUUGGCACUUGAAACUGUUAAUUUCCUAUGCUAUUAAGUCCCUUGGGCACUUGUGACAAACUGUAUAUUGGUGCUAGCUGUUUUUAUUCCAGCUCAAACCAAAUGCACUUUUUUUGAACAGCUGGAUUAAG